AUGGACAUGGAGCAAAGUAGUCUGAAAUUAUUAAUUAUAUGUUCCUACGAAGGUGAGCAUCAUGUAAUUCGUUUAGAAGAGGGCACCACGCUGGAGGAUCUUUACCGGAAUAUAUCGAAAAGAUGGAAUAAAGUGAGUAUUGAGGCGGUAAAACUCCAAUAUAUUGCACCUAUUCAGAAAAGCUACGUGACGUUAUUGUGUGACGAUGAUGUCGCCAAUAUGUGGAGAAUGCAUAUCUUGUUAAAGGUAAUGUUUGUGGAUAUGAUUGCACGGUGUAGAAGCGAGCACCAGAGCGCGCCUCUCCGAAGCACGGUUGGACGCAGGGGUGAGGCCGAAUGUUCGGGAUUGAACGAAGAUUGCGCAGAUGGUAUCUUUAUUCCCGACGAAAGUACUAGUCUAAUUGCAAUGCAGAGAUGCAUUGUCGGGGAAGGUCAGACAUUCAAGGGACCGCAGGAGUUUAGAAAGUUACUGAAGAAUUAUUCUAUUGCCACUCAGAAACACUUCAGGUACCAAAAGAAUGAUUCGAGCAAAAUUAUUGCGAUGUGCAUUGACAAAGGCUGUGGUUGGCGUAUUUAUGCAUCCUUCCAUGCUCGUGAUGCAUCAUUCAGCAUUCGUAAGUGCAAUUUACAUCACACAUGUACUAUGAGUCUAUUGCAAUCAAGAGAUCAUCCAACAGCCGAUGCGAACUGGAUUUCUGAGGUCUACAAAGAUAAGAUACGUUCUAUGCCAGCGUAUAAGGCAUCCGACAUCCGGGAGCAUAUCCAAACAGAUUAUGGGAUUGACGUGAAAUAUCAUAAAACAUGGCGUGGCAAGGAGAAUGCGAUAAGGGCAAUUAAUGGUGGAGGUAGAGACAGAUUCUCACAACUUCCGUGGUACUGUCAUGCACUUCGGGAGUCAAAUCCGGGAAGUAUUAUAGACUGCGAAGUUAAGCAGGCAACCAAACGUUUCCAGCGCCUUUUUGUUUGUUUAGGUGCAUGCCGGCUGGGUUUUUUGAGGGGUUGCAGGCCCCUACUCUUUCUUGAUGGGACACAUAUAAAAAACAAACACAAAGGGUGUCUGCUAAGUGCAAUUGCAGUGGAUGGGGAUGAUGGGAUAUUUACUUUAGCAUUUUCUGUUGUGUCUACGGAAAAUGAUGAAAAUUGGGAGUGGUUUUGCUGGAAGCUGCGAUCUGUUUUAGAAUGUGAGGGACGUACGGAUUGGAAACAGUACACAUUCUUCUCGGAUCGGCACUCGGGUUUACUAAAGUCAAUCUCGCGCGUCUUUCCCGGAGCACAUCAUGCGUACUGUCUCCGACACUUAGUGGACAACUUCCGUACCCAGGUUAUGCGGAGAUACCCAAUGCAUAAUAAGAAACGAUGGACCGCUGUCUUCAAUAAGGCCGCCUAUGCUCCGUUGAGGAGAGAUUUCGAAAACCACAUUAGUUCUGUGGUCGAAUCAAUGCCAUUGGCCAGGGACUUCAUUACCCAAUCACACCCAGAAUGUUGGGCAAAUUCACUAUUCAGAGGUACUCGUUGGGGAAUAAUAAAUAAUAACAUUGCUGAGUCAUGGAAUAGUUGGGUGAGAUCCGCGAGGUCAAUGCCAUUCGUUGGGAUGUUGGAUACCAUUAGAAGGCAAGUGAUGAUUGUAAUGAAAGAUACGCAGUCGAUUUGGAGGCGCGCAAAUGCUCUUGUCGAGAAUGGCAAAUGUUCAGAUUGCCCUGCAAGCAUGCCUGCGCUUGCAUUGAAAAAUGCAGCGGACCAAAUUCACCCUCCCCCGUCGUCUGUCCAACCAGGCCGGCCAAAGAAGCGAAGGUUCGAGUCCCAACAGGUAUAUGAUGAAGUUGUGAAGGUUCAUAGUUAUAUUCUACAGGUAUAUUUUUCAUGUACUGAGGCAUUUGAUGAUGUAGCUCUGUAG